AUGACCGUCAAGCACCCCUUGACAGCACCCGGCCCUUUCACGCCGACACUUAUCCUUCACGGAGGCGCAGGGUCCCUCUCCCGUGCAAAUCUGCCUCCGGACCUCUAUGCACGUUACCGUGCCUCCCUCACCAAAUACCUCACAGGUACCCGUGAGUUACUCAACUCGGGCACAUCCGCACUUGACGCCGCAUGUCAUGCGGUUACUUUGCUGGAAGAUGACCCCCUAUUCAAUUGCGGUCGUGGGUCCGUCUUUACCGAAUCAGGAACUAUUGAGAUGGAAGCCAGUGUGAUGGUAUCUUCCGUCGACCCCGCCGGACCCCCUGCAGGUGGAAUCAAACGUGCCGCUGCCGUCAGCCUCGUCAAGAACACGAGACAUCCGAUUUUGCUUGCCAAGGAAGUCCUCCUGGAACCAGAUGAAGAUGGAGGCCUGGGAGGCACGAGUUCGAUGCACUGCCAGCUGAGUGGGAGACAGCUCGAGGAAUGGGGUUGGCGACAGCGGGGUCUCGAGAAGAAACCAGACCGCUGGUUUUGGACCAAAAAGCGCUGGGAGGAGCAUAGGAAAGGGCUCCACCAUGACGACUCCUACUCGUUCAACAAUCUCGUUGCUUCAAUCGAUCCAUACACCGAGUCACCCUUUGAAGACGACGACUCCGAGGUGGAUGAGAUUCCCAGCCAAGGCACAGUCGGAGCCGUGUGUCUAGAUUCCUGGGGCAAUCUCGCUGUGGCAACAUCAACCGGGGGACUUACAAACAAGAAAGCCGGCAGGAUUGGAGACACGCCGACCAUCGGUGCUGGGUUCUGGGCUGAAGCCUGGGAAGAGGAUCCUCCUAAGCCGCCCCAGGCCCCGGAAAAGCCACCGUCACGCAGGGCUUCGGGUCUGGGGAAACUACCCGUCCUGGACCAGAUCUUAUCACCUUGCCUCAGCCCAACCGAGCCCGAACAUCCCUCCGAGCAACUGAACGGAGCUCCUCCGGCGUAUACUGCAUCAACAACUACCUCAUACCAAUCCUACCCGUCGCCUCAUGUCCGACACCCUUCUUCGUCUUCUGCUCAACCUACACGAAAACGUCGCCGCGCUGUAGCCAUGAGCGGCACCGGCAACGGGGAUUCCUUUCUGCGCCUCAACGCCGUGCGCACGGUCGCUGCACACUGUCGCCUCUCAGGUCCGCCCUCUGUGUCCCUGGCCGACGCAGUCAAACUGAUCACCGGCCCUGGCGGCGAACUACAACGCUCAGCUGGCGAUCGCUGGGGUAGGACGGGCGAAGGCCAAGGCGGCAUCAUCGGCAUCGAGAUCAGUGAUGAGCAGGAGGACGAGGCAGAAGAACCCCUUCAGAUGUGGCCAGGUGGCUUCGAGAAACGAGUUCAGCCGGAAACGUCGAGGAACAAGAAGAAGAGAGGCCGGGUAGUGUCCGAUUUCAACUGCGGUGGCCUGUUUAGGGCAUAUUACGAACUCGACGAAACUGGCGUCGAGACACCCAAAGUCAUGGUCUUCCACGAGGAGUAUUGA